AUGGCCGAAACCAAGAUGGAAUACGUCCGCCUCGGAAACUCGGGACUAAAAAUCUCAAAGAUUAUCCUGGGAACAAUGGGCUACGGCAGCAAAGACUGGCAAGACUGGGUCCUGAACGAAGAAGACGCUCUGCCAUUGAUCGAGCACGCCUACAAGCGCGGCAUCAACACCUGGGACACCGCGGACGUCUACUCCCACGGACGAUCCGAAGAAAUUCUCGGCAAAGCCCUGACAAAGUACCAAAUCCCGCGCAACCGUGUGGUUAUCAUGACAAAGUGUUUCUUCGGCGUCGACGACGAAGGCAAAUACCCACCGAUCAGUGCAUCCGGCCGAAACGACAACGACUUCGUCAACCGCGUAGGCCUAUCGCGCAAACACAUCUUCGAUGCGGUGGACGCGAGCGUCGCCCGUCUAGGCACGUAUAUUGAUGUGCUCCAGAUUCAUCGUCUUGAUCGGGAGACGCCCCGUGAGGAGAUUAUGAAGGCUCUUAAUGAUGUUGUUGAUAGUGGGAAGGUGAGGUAUAUUGGUGCUAGUUCGAUGGCCGCCUGGGAAUUCCAAUCCCUCCAAAACAUCGCCGCCAACCAUGGCUGGCACAAAUUCAUCAGCAUGCAAAACUACCACAACCUCCUGGCCCGCGAAGAGGAGCGCGAGAUGAUCCCGUACUGCCAAGACGCGGGCGUGGGAAUUAUCCCCUGGUCGCCAAUUGCGCGAGGCGCGCUGGCUCGGCCGUAUGAUUCUCGUGGCACGGUGCGUGAAAACACGGAUGGGGCGUUGAAGAUGUUUGUGCGGGCUCGCGAGAGUGAGGCUGAUAAGGCUAUUAUUGGGCGUGUCGAGGAGAUUGCUAAGAAAAAGGGAUUGAGUAUGGCUCAGGUUGCUAUUGCUUGGUCGCUUUCUCAUGCUGGGGAGAAUCCUAUUCUUGGAUUGCAUAGUGUCGAUCGGAUUGAUGAGGCUGUUGAAAGUAUUGGGGUUACGUUGAGUGGGGAGGAGGUUGCUUAUCUUGAGGAGCCUUAUGUUCCUAGGGCUAUUACUGCUCUUGAGAGGUAA